UGUAUCAUUGGAAAGCUCUAAGAAUGUAGAAUGUUUCAUAUUUCAAAACCGUUUUGCAUUAAUAAUAAUGCAGUGACAGUAAUUUAUGAAUUUGUGACAAGAGAUUGCAGCAAACCAUUGACACCUAGUGGCCAUUGUUGGUAAAACCACUGAAAGUGUGACACAAACCUAAUUUUUUUGUGAUUUUAACAUGAAAUUUGAAUUACUUGAGACUUGUGGCUUCAUGUUCAGGCAUAUUAUUACUUUUGUGAAACAUUUAAAUUUUUACUAUUUUAUUUAUAAAAUGAAUAUGUUAUUACAUUAUUUAUAUUUACUAAAAUACAUUUAAACUGCUAUAACAUUUUUUUAUUUAAUAUUUUCACCUCCAGACACCUUAAAUUGUCAGUUUCACCCCCCCCCACACUCAAACAGGAUUUGUGCCAUUUAAGGGGUUAACAGACUGUUUUGUGAGACCAGGUAAACAGAAGAUGCUGUUACAGCCGCUACGAGUGUUCAUCUGCCUCCUUGCUUCCACUGUCCUCUCUUUUUGAAUAGUAAAAUAUGGUCACCCUUCACUUCAGAAGAAUUAUGUGUGACAACAACAAAAGAAACCUGGCCCAACCUGAAAAGCCAGUCGUGGAUGAAUCCCACAAACAAGCUCCCAUGAUGCGUCACUAAGACAACACCAGACAGAACAACACAAUAAAAUACCUCAGAGACAAACUGAAUGGGAACUUACGCUCGCUGUGUGCAACUUAACUAUCUAACUUCUCAGCCAUCGUUUCAUGGAAAGGCAUUUGAAUAAUGCCUCCAGGUACCAAACUGUCAAAAUCUAAAAGUGCAAAACCUGCCACAAAAAGCAAAAAGAAGCACUCCUCUAAAAAACAAUCUGCAAAUGCCAAAUCCCCCCAAAAGGAUGUGGAUAUUCUGAGUCCAGCUGCCAUGGAGAACAUCUACUACAUCUCUCAUAAUGCUAUGGACUGCUUGGAGUUCAGAGGCUUUGGUUGGCCUGGAGCCUCCAAGAAGAAAGGAAAGAAAGGGAAAAAACGAAAAGGAAAGAAAUGAAUGUCGAUUUGUGCUAAUCGCUUGAUUUGAAUUUGCAUAAUCGAUACAGAAACAGUGAAUAUUCUCACUAUUCUAAACUUUUGAUCCAGUUUAACUCCAUAAUUGUAGCGCAAUGUGUUUGUUGAAUGCACGUGUCUGAGUAACUGUUCUUUGAAACCCUGGAGAAAAUAAAACUCAGUUUAUCGUACAUUUCAUGUUGUAUAUUAAACUGCAGAGAUU